UCGGUCAGUGCAGAAUGAGCUUCAGUGGACAAAUCAGGUUGACAAGUUUCCCAGCGACGAUCAUGGAGGGUUGGCGUGUGUAGUUAGUUGACAUAUCGUUAAAACCAAAUAGAAGCGCAUCCUGGAUAAGUUUUAGGUCGAUUUGGAUGCCAGGCGGCGCAUCAAAUGUAGGGACGUAAGUGAUAAAGGAUUCUCCAGCUUUCUGAGAUCUGGUAACACGUCGAGCCGACUCUGGUCCAGAGAAUCAGACGAAAGUGAACAUGAACCGCCUGUCUUUUGACGAUCCUUCGUUGGAUCUGGAUCCAACCCUGUCCCUCAAUGACCCCAGUGAAAUUGACACGGCCCUCUUAAGCGACAUUGAUGACAUGCUUCAGCUCAUCAACAAUCAGGACAUGGAGUUUGGAGGACUCUUUGAUUCCACUCCCUUUCCCGGGGGCCCGUCCACCCAGGAGAUUAGCGGCCUGUCCCAGAACGUCGCCUCUGCUUCUCCUCCAGCUCCAGCUCCCACUCCCACGCCUUCACCCACCACCACUUCCUCUAUCCUGAGCAGCAACCCCCACUUGGAUGCGCUGUUGGGUCCGCCCAUCAGCCGUAGCUCCUCAGCCCCAGACAAGGCCUUCCAGCCUCCCACCUUCCAGCAGUCUCCCCUGGCUCAGGUGCCCAGCCCCGCACAGAGGCAGCAGCCCUUCGCCAGCCAACAGGCUCAGAGCCUCAGACCACCCCAGGUGGAACAGCCCCAACCGGCUGUUAGUCCACCUGCCCCCGCGCAGGCGGCCUCCCCUCAUGGUUCGCCCGGUCCAAAUCCAGUUUUUGGCUCCGCGACACAGGCGCUCUUCACCCCUCCGCCACCUCAGACUCCGCCUCAGCCUCAGGCACCAUCUCAGGCCCAGAGCAGCUUUAAGAGUCAAAGUACCUUCACGGCUAUCAGCCCCAGCAGCGUGAGCCCUCCUGCCACCAGCUUGUCGUCCUCGCCUCCAAGCGUCCAACCGGUGACGAUUCAGGCCCAGCUUCAGGGGAUGAGCACUGCUUCCCCCCUCCUGGCCACCUCUGCAAGCCCUGCAGCUCAGACUAUCACAACCCAAGUGCAGCAAGUACCUGUCCUGCUGCAGCCCCAGUUCAUUAAGGCCGAGUCCGUGCUGCUCACCACUCUGAAGCCCGACCCCUGUAUGGUCACAACUGUGGCCACCCCCACAUCUUUAGUCACCUCCACCAGCGCAGUGCAGAGCACUUCCCUGCAGGCCUUCAUGGGCGGCGGCACUAUCCUGACCACCGUGCCGGUGAUGGUGGACACGGACAAGCUGCCCAUCAACCGCAUCGCCAUCGCCGGCAAGCCGUCGGGCCUGCCGCACAAGGGCGAGAAGCGCACCGCCCACAACGCCAUCGAGAAGCGCUACCGCUCCUCCAUCAACGAUAAAAUCGGCGAGCUGAAGGAUAUUGUAGCUGGCACUGAAGCCAAGCUCAACAAGUCUGCGGUGCUCAGGAAAGCCAUCGACUACAUCCGUUACCUGCAGCAGAGCAACACGAAGCUCAAGCAGGAGAACAUGGCUCUGAAAAUGGCCGCGCAGAAGAACAAGUCUCUCAAAGACCUGGUUGCCAUGGAGGUGGACAGUCCGGCGGAAGUGAAGAACGAGCUGCCCACCCCGCCGGCCUCUGACGUGGGCUCCCCGACCUCGUUCUCACACUGUGGCAGCGACUCGGAGCCCGACAGUCCGAUGGGAGAGGACACAAAGCCACAUAUUGGCUCGCUUGAUCAGUCGGCAGCAGGCGGCGGGGUUGGAGGCAUGCUGGACCGUUCCCGCAUGGCGCUGUGCGCCUUCACCUUCCUCUUCCUCUCCCUCAACCCUCUGGCCGCUUUGCUCUGCUCGUCCGGCGGCGCCGCUGCGGGAAACGCUGCGGACAUCACCACGCAUCACGCUGGAAGAAGUGUCCUGGGUGUAGAUAUCGCAGCGGAGUCUUGGGGCUGGAUGGAUUGGAUGCUCCCAACCAUAUUGGUGUGGCUGCUGAAUGGCAUUCUGGUGUCAGGAGUUCUGAUCCGAUUGUUGGUGUAUGGAGAGCCCGUAACCCGUCCGCAUUCAGGAUCGUCCGUGUUGUUCUGGAGACAUCGCAAACAGGCCGACCUGGACCUCGCUAGAGGGGAUUUUGCCCAGGCCAGUCAUAACCUGCGGACCUGUCUGAAGGCGCUCGGUCGCCCCCUGCCCACCUCCCAGCUGGACCUGGCCUGUGCAGCGCUCUGGUCCCUGCUGAGGUUCUGCCUGCAGCGCCUCUGGGUCGGCCGCUGGCUCGCUGCGAGGGCCGGCGGGCUGCGCACGGAUCGCCCCCUGCAGGAGGACGCGUGCAAAAGCAGCCGUGACGCCGCGCUGGUUUACCACCGCCUGCACCAGCUCCACAUGACAGGGAAGCUGAAUGGCAGCCACCUAUCAGCAGUCCACAUUGCUUUGAGCGCGGUGAACCUGGCCGAAUGUGCUGGCUCAUGCCUGCCGGUAGCCUGUCUGGCUGAGGUCUACGUCUCCGCAGCUCUACGGGUCAAAGCCAGCCUGCCGAGGAUCCUACAUUUUACCUCCCGCGUGUUCCUGAGCAGCGCUCGUCAGGCGUGCCUGUCGUCCAGCGGCUGCGUGCCCCCGGCCAUGGAGUGGCUCUGUCACCCGCUCGGCCACCGCUUCUUCGUGGACGGGGACUGGGCCAUCCGCAGCAUGCCUAAAGAAAGCAUCUACAGCCAGGCUGGCAACACUGUGGACCCCCUGGCCCAGGUGACUCAGGCUUUUAGGGAACACCUCCUGGAAAAGGCUCUUUAUUGUGUCGCCCAGCCGCAUGGAGAGAAGAGUCCUAACCAGGCUGAAGGGGAAUAUGCGGAUGCCUUGGAGUACCUCCAGCUGUUGAUUAGUGCAUCGGAUGCCGCUGGCGCCGCCUCCCAGUCCUUUGCAAUCGGCUCCAACAUGACUACUGUGACUGGCUGCGACCCCCACUCCAAGUGGUGGUCCUCGGUUGCCAUAGUAAUCAUCAACUGGCUUCAAGGGGAUGAUGCUGCAGCAGAGAGGCUCUAUCCAACCGUGGAGCACCUGCCCCGCAGUCUGCAGAAUGCAGAGAGUCUUCUGCCCAAAGCGUGCCUCAACACGUUCAGGGCAGUCAGAGCCCUGCUGUCCAAGCCAGAAAACUGCCAGCUGAGUCUGAGCCACACUGACAAGGCCAGUGGUCUGCUCCGAGACAGCCUCAACCUGGGACCACACUGCCACAGCUCCAGCUUAGACAAGGUUGUGGAGUUAAUGGUCUGCGAUCUCCUGCUGGUUUUGAGGACCAACAUCUGGCGUCUGCAGCAGCAAGGGCCGAGUCCUACAGGAUCGGGGCUGGCGGGCACCGGUGGUCCUGCCAGCCUUCAUCAAGCUUCUCCGCCAGAACUGCAGGGCUUCCAGCAAGACCUCUGUUCUCUGCGCAAGCUGGCACACAGCUUCAGACCAGCAAUGCGAAGACUAUUCCUCCACGAAGCUACCGCCAGGCUGAUGGCGGGGGCCAGUCCCACCAGAACGCAUCAGCUGCUGGACCGUUCGCUGCGACGCCGAGCAACGCCCGGAGCUAAGACAGAGGAGUGCGAGGCGCGGCCCGGCCAACGGGAGCAGGCCGAGGCCGUGAUGCUCGCCUGCCGCUACCUUCCCGCCUCGUUCCUGUCGGCUCCGGGCCAGAGGGUGGGCAUGCUGGCCGACGCGGCCCGCACCCUGGAGAAGCUCGGAGACAAGAGGACCCUCCACGACUGCCAGCAGAUGAUCAUAAAACUGGGCAGCGGCACCACCGUCACCAGCAGCUAGAGCACGAGGGGAAGGUGGGGGGAGGAAGACCGGCACGGACGCUGGACACUCAAACGCCUCGCGUAGACGACCGAGAACGGGUCUCGCUCAGCGCGGGGGAAAACCUUUCCGGUCUCUAUUCGAUGUGUGGCGGGCACAAAUUGACAGGUCGCUCCUCCUACUGACCCGGCCCCACGUUUUUAAGGCACUUUUUUUGGAGUUCAUGCACUCUGUUUUUUUUUUUAAAUUAUGAAUUAAUGUGAAAAUAGGAAGCGUCUUGUUCCUAUGUGUCCAAAGUCCCACGUGAGAACCGCUUGCAGUGUCCCGCCCUGACCACAGAGAGGAGCCACCACUGCUUCCCUGAGGUAGAAGCAGAGAUGUUAGUAGUGGAGAGAUGUUUGUCCUGCAUUCAUUCGGCGUAGCUCCCCCUCCCUCUACCGUGGACUCUUUGGCAGAUCUUCACCUUUUCUCUCCCCCAAAUCUGACGGUUCACAGCGUGGGAGCGGAAGUGUCUUUUUUUUUUUUUUUUUUAUUUGUGGGGUGAAAAAUUUAUAAAGUAACUAAAGUCUGGUUAGACCAGGGGGAAGGCAGUCCACACGCUGGAGAGGUUUAAGGUCCCCCCCCCCCCCCCUCCCCCCCUAUCUUCUGUCUGCACUAGCCCUGUGAGGCUGCUUUUCAUGGAAUACAAUAACAAUAACGCUUUAUGAAAUUAUUUUCAUAGACUGUGUGUAUUUGUUGUGCUGUGUACAUAUUUUAAAAUAUAUUUAUAAUCUGGAGGAACUGUAAUUAGGCGCUCUUAUUUUUACUUUACUUUUUUUCAUAAAUGCUUGUUUCCUACACUUAAAUCCACUCUUAAGUGCUCGUCUUAGACCGGGUUUAUUCGAUUCAUGACUGGACCUUUUGUAACCGUCUGGCAUCAAAACUCUUAUAAGGCCAAGCUUUGACAUUUCUGGAGAUGGUUUGUUGCCCCAUAAGGAACAUUUCUUCUUCUUUUUUUUUUUUUUUUUUUUUUUUUUUUAACACUAACAUAAAGGAAAAUAUAUCCCCACCCAACAUAUGGUUUCAUAAUUUGAGACGAACCACAUCAUUUUCUGAUGAUUUUAUUUUUUAAAGAUUGUACAAAGUUUCAAAGAAAGGUUUGCCAUGUACCAGUAUGUCUCUUUUUUAUAGUUGGUUAUGUGAAAUUUGAAAAAUGUGGAGGUGAAAGAUUGUGAAGCAGCCUGGUUUGAAGGUAGUGUUGUGUAACUGACAUUUUUCCCUCCUAUGUUAUAUUGUUUUAGCAUUCUUACAUGUAAAUAUUAAAUCAUUUUGUAAAGAAAA